AUAUAUUUAUAUAUACUCUUAAAUAUACGCGCAAAUAUUGUGAUACGUAAUAUAACGAAUUUUAUAUUAUGAUAACCGAUCCUUUAAAUUUCCGUUUCGGCAAACCGGCGAAUAUAUAUAUAUAUAAUAUAUAUAUAUAUAUAUGAUACUCACAAUUUAUUUGUAAACGCACGACGUUCCCUGUGAGCGCUUUACGAAGAAUUUUCUGCGCCUUCUCGACGAUCCAAGUAGCAAGGUGACGUCAAAUGGCACUUUAUUGUCGUCUUAAUGACAUUAGAGACAUCAUUAAGACCUUAUCAAGAUAUCUCUUUUUGACAUCACCUUGCUAUUGGGGGAGCGGAUUGGCUGUACGUAAGCGAAUUUUUUUAAUGCGACUGAUCGAUCCCACUUUUGGUGUAAUCAUUGUAAUCUUUACGACGCUGCUACUUGUAUGUAUACAAUUAAUCUCAUUUGUGAUUAUCACUCUGAAAGUGAUAAUAAAUAUAAUAUUUUUUUUUCUUUUUUUCAUGAAACAUGUGUUUCACUGUUCGUUAGAUCGCCUCCCGCCGAAAACAUUCAUCUGUCUUCUAAUUCGACGGCGAGAUUGCACGUGUGCAAAAAUUAAAAACUAACUAUACGGAAUAUUGAGAUGGACACUCGCUCGUCUGCGCAUUACGAAGUAGGUUACCCCACAAAGGUAAAGGUCGAGAGAGGUAGCCUCCUCCUCGUCACGGAAAUCUCUCAAUUUUCACUCUGUCCGGUUCGUUGCUCUUCCUUCUUCUUCAUCUUCUUCCUCCAUCGUGCUCGUGCCUCCGCUCUAAUCUAUUGUGAUAGUCCCUCGACCCUUCCCGCUGUGAUGUAUUUUUUUUCUUGUUGUUGUCUGUCCCUUCCUCGCCUGACCUAACACUUUCCACGGUAUCCCAUCGGGCCAUUCAACCGCAUUCAACGCCCUCCGACAUUUAAUUAAGCGUCGACCGCCUACGGUCGAAAACGAUACAGCUUGUUGAGCGCACAAAACGACGCCGUGCACUUCCCCUCCCCCUCUUAUCUCUUCGUCCCUCGAUCGCACCACAUACUCGUUAACAGCACGAUUUCGCCGUUAACACUAGACCGCUACCUGCCGCUUAAUUACCCCCUCUCCCCCCCCCUCCACUUUCUUUCGAGAAAGAAAAAUUGGGAGAAAUUACGUUAGCCGAGAGUUUUGCAAAGUUAUGGCUCUCGAGAUUCCAUCGCGGUAUGAUGGUUUGAUUGAAACUUCCUAGUGAAGAAAGAAACGUGUACGAAGAAAAAGUCCGGUUGCAUUGAUCAAAAAAUGAACAAUCAGAUUUAUUUCGGUCGAAGGAAACAGAAUUGUUGGUCCUGAUGAGCCAAACGUGGUUUUUACAACCAGAUAUUGAUUGUCCACAUGAGUGUUUGCUGUAAUUAAAAUGACUCACCGAACUCAAAUUAAAUCACUCGAUAAAUCAUAACAGGAAUUGCUAACACAUAAUUUACCAGUUCUGAAACUUGUCGUCCGAUAAUAAUCGAAACUUAAUAACUUUUAUCUGUGUUAGUAAAGUAACAACGGAUAACACUCGACUAGCAGCGAUUUUUUAAAUCAUCGAUUGGAUUAGUCAGGUUUUGAUUAAAGUCAUCCUCAAUAUCGAGAUCCAUAGCGACGAGAAGUCGGUGGAGUGAAGCUCACUCGUGAAAAUGACGACGAUGAGGGGCCGAGAGCGAUUACUACAUCAUUGGACGCGAAAGCGUAGAGGGAAUGUUGUCAACGUUGGCGCGCAGAGCCGUGUCGAUCGCACCUUUCGCAGAGUCAACCACGUCAAGCUCCAUCCCCAUGAACAGGGUCACGGCGCGUCUUCAAGGUGGCCUAGUAAUUACGUCGAGCGGCCUUGCGUCUCGUUCAAGAAUUACUCGCGCAUUAGCUCGAGCGAUCGAGCGUUAUCGUCGCGUUAUCGCGCGGGAUCUUCACGCACGAUGAAGAUCGUGUCCGUUAUCGCGUCAUCGAUGUGGGCGACGGGGAAUUAGCGCGGAUAACGAGCUAAUCCGAGCCGAUUAGGCGGCGCGCGAUCUCGUUAUUACUUUCAAUGACUUCCUUCGACGUUUUGCGAAACAUGUGCCGUGACUGCGAGCACCGUCGCCGAGAUUUAUCGCUCGUAAGGCUACAGGACAGAUUGCGACAGAUUUUUUAAUGGAAACGAUGCUUUACGUUCCUCCCUUUUUAUUUUAAUAUAUACGCUUAUUAGAACUUGCGUUUACUUACUGCAAAUUUUAGUUAUUAUUUAAUAUCUGUGAUGUGGAAAAAUUCUAUUGAACUAAUUGAACUGAAGAAAUUGGAUUCGAAGAAAAUUGAAUCGAAUUGAAGUGAAUUAAUCUUGACCGUUACUUUUUACAUCAAAGUUUGCAUACUUGUGAUACUUAUAUGAAUAAACGAGCGCUUUUACGGCCAAUAGAGAGGAUGAGGUAAAAGAUAUACGCGCGUCUCGAGCUACAUUGAUUCGCCGUAUUUUUGGUAAUUCGGUCGUCGAUCAACUGCUUUCGUACAACCGCGCUGAAAAAGACCGUAUCGCGAUCAGCGAGAAAGCACACAUUCGACGACAGACAAGUGUCCCAUUCGUAUUCUUUCUGAUUCAGCUUUCUUCCUCUCUCCCUCUUCCUUUCUCGUAACAUAUCAGCUUUAUCCUCGUGCCCCUUCAAUUACAUCCUUUGUAGGACUUUCCGCGUUGGUAUGUAACUUGGAAACAGAGAAGGAACGUCAUAAACGACGAGAAGGGGAAAGAGAGAGAAGGAAAGAGGGAAAGCGCGAGCAUGUCGUCGGUGACGACGACGACAACAUAUUCGUGCUCGCCGCGAUGUGUCUUACGAGAGCGACGAGGAUGCAUGACGGUCAGGAGGUUCGCGGUUGAAAACCUCGGAGGACUCCGUAACGCGCAUUUGGAAGCUGGGAAUGGACCAGGGCGAGGGUGGCGACAAGCGAGGCGAGCGAGGGUCGGCUCUGGUUGCGGGGGUUGGUGCCUAAGGACCAGGAGUUUGCGCGAACAGAUCAAUACGGCUGCCCCCUGCACGUGGACCUUCCUCCCUCUCUGCCGGCUUGUUCUGUCUCCCUUUCUCUCUGUUUUCAUCUCGCCUCGCUUCUCUGGAGCUGCGUGUCUUCUCUCCCGCUCUCGCUCUUCCUCUCACCCUUCGCCGUUCCUUACCACUCGUUCUUUCUCCCCCGCGAGUCACUCGUAACUCCGCGUCCUUUUUGUCAACCCAUAUUCCUCGUGCCUUCCAUCGGUAUAUUCUCGCUCGAUCCUCUCUCUCUCUCUCUCUCUCUCUACUCUCUCGAGUUUCUCUAUUCUACCGACCGUAUCCAGCUCGUUCUCCCGACAUACAUCCUCGGUUCCAUCCCCGUGUUCGCGACAAUCGCCGGUGGUUUUUCCUGUUUUUGUUUCACCAGAAUCUUUUCUCCCUUGCUACUUUCUGAAGUUCGCCCAAAGUUCUCUAGCUGUCUCUCCUUUUGUUACCUGUCUCCGAUACCGUCUCGUGGCAUUGACACUGUAUCAUGUGUGUGCACAAGGAACGAAGCAUUGACCCGCCCCGCCGCCGCGUGGCUGUCUUUCUCUACUUCUGCCAAUUUUCCCCACCAUCGUCGGCCCCACGAUCGUGUACGUCGUCGCCUCGCGUCUUUCGUCCCUUCAUUCCGCUGUCCUUAUCCAACUUCGUCUCUUCCCCGCGCGGGUCAUAGGUCCUUUCUGCUCCAUCGCAAUUCCCGUGCUUCUAUCUCGCUCCCCCCCCCCCCUCCUCCUCUUAUCUCAGUCCCUAGUCGGUGGAUCAGUUCUUCCUCUCUUUCGCUCUCUCGCUCUUUAUUCGUAAUACAAGGUGUUCGGGAAUCACCGUUGUUCAGUUUUCUCUCUGCGAGAAUCCGACGUGCGCCGCCGCCACCCGCCGCACUUUCCAUCACAUACUCGACAUUUUUAACGUAAGUUCAUCAUCAGCUUUAUAUUUUUAAAUUUCGUUGGAAAACUGCUUAAACGAAAAUCUUCAAGAAUAAGUGAUAAAUCAAGUCAGAGCUGAGAUAUUCGCGAGUGAUUCUGUCGUUUGCUCGCACUGGAUACGUUCGCUCGUAAACUUCCUCGCGAAUCCCCAGCGUCUGUCAUAACUGACGAUGAUAAGCAGCAUGCGGAUCGACGAUCCUCUCGGAGCUCGAAAUCACCGGGUAAUCGGGAGGCAGAAAAGGCGGUCCUUUCUCUCAUCCCUCGGCUCAUGAUCAAUCCCCUCGUCUCUCUCUCUCUCCCUCUCUUCCCGUGCUCGACGCCGCAUUCGUUCGUUCCUUUCGCGCCGCGACACCCUGUGUAUGCGUAUCUCGCGCGCGCGCGAGCGACCGCGCUCCGUCCUUGUCCCGCGCUCACCCCCGGCGAGGUGGUGGCGUGGUCCAGCGUGUCAGCCGUGCGGGAUGCUGAGUCCGUAGGAGAGAUUCAGUCGUACUGCCUGGCUCCUCUCUGUCGGAGGCAAAGCGGUUAACGACUGGUGUGUCGACCGGCGAAUAUUGCAUCCGCGUGCCGCGAGAGGAGCCGACUUCCCUCCCUCGGCGGCCUCUUUCUCGUCGCGGUCGUAAGGAAAUCGAAACAAGAGGACGACCGCGAAGAUGGCUGCACCCGCACGCUGGAUGAUCUCGCUGGGGUAGCCGGUGGAUGUCGUGCAAAACUCCUGCGUGUUACGACGAAAAAUCGAUUCAGAGACGCGAAGCUUCGUCGCUCUGUCGCCGACAGAUCCCGAUACGACAUCCUUCGAUCAUAUGAUAAUAAAAGAAAAAAGAAAUGUGUACUUGGAUCACUGGAUACUUGCAGGGUCCACAUCCGGAAACGAACAAGAACGUGCAACACACACACACACACGCAGACAGACGCACGACUAUCACGACGACGACGACGACGACGACAACGACGACGUGGAGGAUGGGAGUAUACGUAACGGGUGUGAUUGGAGUGAUCGUGUUUUACGUCGCGGUACUCGGCGUCGGCAUUUGGGCCGCGGCGUUCAAAAGGAGAAAGGCCGCGCAGGGCCAGGAUGACAUGAUGCUGGCGAACCGCGGCCUCGGCCCUCUCCUCGGCGUGUUCACGCUCAUCGCAACGUGGGUCGGAGGAGCCUUCGUCAACGGCACCGCCGAGGCAAUGUUCACCAAGGGCCUGGCCUGGUGUCAAGUACCUAUCGGAUACAGCCUCAGCCUGCUUUUCGGCGCCAUGCUCUUCGUGCGUCCUAUGAGGAAGGCCGAGUACGUGACGAUGCUGGAUCCUUUUCAAGAACGAUACGGCGCAGGUGUCGGCGGCUUGCUCUUCCUUCCGGCGCUGUGCGGCGAUCUGUUCUGGUGCGGCGCCGUUUUGCGGGCCCUGGGGAGCUCGCUGGCCGUCGUCGCCGGUGUCGACCCAAAUAUCAGCGUUUGCGCUUCGGCGCUCUUAGCUGCCAUAUACACGGUCUUCGGCGGCCUGUAUUCCGUUGCGUGCACCGACGCCCUGCAACUGCUGUGCAUUCUGCUCGGGUUGGCGAUCGCGGCGCCGUUCUCCAUGCUGCAUCCCGCUGUGUCGUUCGAGAAGAAUCUGGCCCUGAGGGACUGGCUGGGACAGAUAAGGAACGAGGAUCUGGGCAUGUGGGUGGACGGCAUGCUGCUGCUCGUGUUCGGCGGUAUACCUUGGCAGGGUUACUUUCAACGAAUCCUCAGUAUCAGAAGCACCACCGUGGCGACAACUCUGUCGAUAGCUUCCAUGUUCGGCUGCAUGAUCCUAGCGAUACCGUCGGCCUUGAUCGGGGUAGUCGCUCGCGCCACCGAUUGGUCCUUAAUCUCAAGUUACAACAAGACCUUCUCCACGGAUGACGGGAACGCCGCGUUGCCCAUGGUCUUGCGGUACCUCACGCCUCAAUGGGUGUCCUUCGUCGGUCUCGGCGCGAUCUCAGCGGCGGUGAUGUCGUCGGCGGACUCUAGCAUACUCGCCAGCAGUUCCAUGUUCACCAGGAACGUAUACAAGCUCACGAUACGGCCGAAGGCGUCCGAGCGGGAGUUGAAUUGGGUCCUGCGAAUUUCUGUAAUCAUGGUCUCCAUACUGUCCACUCUCGUCGCUCUCACCGUCAGCAGUGUAUAUUACCUCUCGUAUUUGUGCUCCGAUCUCGUCUACGUCGUUCUGUUUCCGCAACUGUUAGCCGUCGUUCAUUGGCCUUCUAUGGUAGACACCUACGGCUGCCUGGCGGGAUAUUUCAUCGCUAUCACCCUGCGUCUCGCUGGAGGCGAACGGGGACUCGGUAUACCCGCAUUGAUCGAGUACCCGUUCUACGAUGCGAGGACGCACACCCAGAAGUUUCCUUUUCGCACCGCCGCCAUGAUAACCGCUCUCUUCACCCAGCUGUGCACCAGCUUCCUCACCAGGACCCUCCUCGGCAAGGGUUACUUUCCGGAAUGUUGCGACGUGCUGAGCGUUUACUCACCCAGCAAGUCCAAGGAGCCAUCGGGCGUCGUGCAAAGUAGCUCCGGAGCCGCCCUGAUGGAUUCGUCCUCGAAAUCGACGUCGGGUAUAGAUUCGUGCGACGGUAUCGGCGGCUACGACGACGACAGGACCUGCAGCCACGACGACGCGGGCGACAGCGGCGACGUCGACCCAGCCGGCGGCGGCGAUCUCGCCGAAUCUUCCAGGGCGAAAGGCGUCGUCAACACGAUCGCGCAAAGAGUGGUGAACCAGAAUCUGCAGAACCUGCGGAACGUGAUGACGCCGGCGCGACAACGACCCCCGACGACCCCCACGGUGUCGAACCACUACACGUCGGUUGCAGGUGACGCGUGCCGGGCUCAGAUCCUCGGGGUGAGGAACUUGCGCACCCCCCUCGGCCAAGUGCUCUCGCCAACGAGGUCGAUCGGCGUGCUGGCGACGCCGCCGAUCACCCCGUGCGCGCCGUCCUACGCCAAGGUGGGCUGCGAGCUCGGACCGAGCAGCGAGAAGCUACGCGACAACGACCGGACGAUCAGCAUCGUCGACCGGAGCAACAUGGAGUUCAAUCUGAACGCGAGCACCCAGGAGAACGCGCCCGCCAGCGUCGGCCCGAAGAAGAGCGUGAAGGGAGUGAAGCUGGUCGGCAUGGAGGGCGGCACGCUGAGGAGGCCGUCGCUGCAGGGCACGUUCUCGCCGACCCCGUCGGUGGAACUGGUCCACAUUCUGGACAGAAGGCAGAGCAGCGGCUCGUACGGGCCCGGUUCUCUCUCCCCCGUGCCGUCGAUGGGGAUUGAGGCGUGCAAGACCCACGGAACUGCGACGGAAGGACAAAGCGGGAACGAGCAUUGCAGGAUAAAGAGGGGCAUCGUGCGACAUCACAGCUUCAAUGACACGGGUGACCGAGCGCUGACGACGCUCGCCAGGCAGCCGACGUAUCCGUCAAUGCCACUGAGGCCGGAGGACUGUCGCAUGACGUUGGCGAAGAAGGACAGGCGGCUGUCCAGCAUCGGCAGGCAUUCGUCGGUGACGACCGAGAGCGAGCUCGGGAACACGAGCAGCAUGGUAGUGUGCAGCCCCACGUACGGCAUGUAUAACUCGGCCGCGAAGAGCUCCAACUAUUUCGUCGCCGAUGACGAAGCCGUCAGCAGAUUCUAAGAGGAUGGAAGCGUCGGCGAGUAUCGCUCGUUCCCCUCCUGGGAGACGCGAAAAAGUCGAACGUCGGUAUGUCAGAGUCGGUGCGGUAUUCACAGGGAAAAAACAGUCUCGGUUUCUGUAACUGAACUGGAGAGACCGGAUGGAAGUUCGGUGAAAACGGGAAAUUCAGUUGCACUAAUAGAGUCGUUUUUUUGUCCGUGCGUACUCCCUCUCGAAGUUUCUCGGAGUAAAACUUUCCUCUGGAAUUUAAGCGACUAUUCGUUCACACGGAGUAAAUUCUCCAAUUGGAAUCCCACCGUCUGGCAGCAAUAAAUUCGCUCUAUCCGAUUGAGUUCACUGGUAAGAAUGAAAAAUCCGUUCUAAGUUUGAAUGAAACAUUCGCCCUUGCGAUUCCCGGCGCGGGGCGUCCCGAUUUCCACUGUCGUCUCGAGUGAAUUUUCCAUUCGUUUUCAAGCGAACAUGAAGGAAGCCGAUUGAAUCGUUCAGUGAGAUUUCACUCCUGGAAAUUUAGGGAGCGGUACGACCUUUCACACCGAAGUCGCGUUGCGUCGUUUUCGACGAUAUUCAACGAGUAUGACAAACAUCCAAUACCAACCUGCCGUAAAAGGCGCACGACACACUCGGAGAAUACGAGUAACAAGGACAAUCGUAAAACCCGCCCCAUCGUCACCUGUUAAUUACACACACCUUGAUUUCACGUUUGUUACUCGGCGGAUCCCGUUGGUUUGCCUUCACGAAGAUCAUUGGAUUUUGCCACGAUUGAACGUGGAGGUUUGCAUUUCGCGACGCAUUAUACGAAUUCUUGUUUUUCUCACGAGGUAAAAAAGUUCCUUUCUGUCAAUUUUUAUUCACAUUCACGUUUCCGCAGAGUUUGCGCGUGUACAGUUGUAAAAUGUAAGUGAGUACUUAAAGGUGAAGCUUUCCUUUCCUCUUUUAUGCGAAUAAUUAUCUCGUUCACUUCCACCUCCAUAAAAAGUCGCUUCAUCGGUCAACUAUCUUGUAUAUUGAGAUGCGAGACUAGAUAGAUUUGUAUCCCCUUAGAAGUACUUACCCACUACUUACCAAUCUUCAGACUGACAAAUAUAUACGGAACCAAUAGUUCGUAGUAGGCGAUAUAAUCAAUUUUGUACAAAUCGCAGGAAAAGAUCUCCACCUUCGCAACAUUCCACUUAAGUCGGUAGGACAACGGCCGGAGGAAACAGUCUCGUUUGAUGAAAAAUUGAGAGAGACUCGGCUGAUCUGUUAAUAUAAGCAUUAGGCGAUACUCAAUGUUUUUGUACACUAACACACACAUACACAUUUUAUUCGAGUACGCAUAUAGAUAUACAUACACACGUACACGAGAAACAGAGAGAAAGUUUUACGGCGCGCAUUUUCCGUAAAAAUCCCAGUUAAUUACUAGCGAUAAAAUAAUAAUUUAAUAAUAACUUCUGAUAACUUGUAAGAGAGCAAUGUACACGCUUACUGUUCCUCUAAUCUAAUUAAAGAAGAGGGAAAAGAAGAAAAAGAAGAAAAAUAAGAAGAAGAAAAAUAAGAAGAAGAGAAGAAAAGAAGAAAUACACAAGCUGGGUAAGCGAGCGAGGUCGAGAAACGGGCAACGCUGCAAGCUCCGUCGAGCAGAGGAGCGGUGCUCAAAUCGUUGGUAACGGAACGUCCAAAGAAUGUCACGUGCAAAUUUACGAUAUGUCACAACAAGAAAGUACGAUAUUUUUCCACCGACGCGAUAUAUCUCGUUAGCUCCGUAGUGUUACUGUACAAUUAGUUAUGUGAACGCGCGAAGCUCACACGGUUAAUCGAUGUUAUAUUUAACGGGGAUGCAGCUCGUUCCCCCCUCGGCUCAAUACCGUAUCUAAGAAGACUGAAUACGAAUGAUAUUUAGAGGUGAACGCUUCGACGUCGACACUUGGGAACUCUUAACGUCGGGAAGAGAUCGCAAAGGUUUCGCGAAGAAUUUCUCUCUUUCUCCUACCUUCUCUAGCUGCGAGAAAUACUUGGUUCUUCUUAUAACAUCAGAAUCUUCAUUUAUUACUACAAUUAUUCUUCCGAGUUUUGAGGAUGAAUAUUAAAGUAUUAAGCAUAAUAACUAGCGGGACGGUUCGGGUCGCAAAGAACGAAUGAACCUCGAGGUAGGUCUGUUUUUUUUUUUCUAAACAACGAAUGCAAAAGCAACGUUCUCGCAUCGCCUGUAAAUAUCAUUCUUAUACGGCCGUUAAUUUAUACACCCUUCCACUGUAAAUGAGAACACUCGGCUCUUAGCGAUUAAACGCGGAGACGAAUCGUAGCGGUACUUAAAAUUGAGUGAGACUUCAUAAUCGACGAAUCGUUCUUUAGGCCCUCUUGUACGUACUUUUGUAAGACAAUGUAAGAUAGCAGACGCGGUGAGGGGUGAACAUCGAAUACCUGCAGCAGUAUUAUUAAAUUUACACACACGGGUGAUUUGAUCACGCCCGUGGGAGGGGAAUCCUCGUGAAGGGCCGCUUCGGCCCCUCGUAGUCGUACUUAAUUCUUUAAGGUAGAUUAAUCGCUACUCAACUUGAUCCGAUGAUCGCGAGAUCUGCCCGUAUUUCCCGGAGCAUCUCCAGCAUGCGAACGAAAAUAGAAACGUUCGUGUUGUUCGUGUUGCGACAAGAACCUGCGACCGUUCGUGAGACCGACGUUAAUUUUCGACGCUAGUUUUUAUCAUUACUCAUUUCGAAUUGUCGCUUCUCGCUUUCUCAUCGUUCGUUUCGCGUUGCGACAUCUCGUUAUCGUCAUAUCUGUAUAAUGCCUGUAUAAAUUCGAUAUAGUUAUACUGCGUUUACAUUACGUCGUCGUUAUUCUCCUCGAUUUCACGCGACCAUCGGAGCUUUUGUAAAAAAAAAAGAAAAAAAAAAGACACCCUUUAUAAUGUACGCGUUUAUACCUGUAUCACGUAUUAUACACACCGUAUUGUAAUUGAUAAGUAGUACGAGACAAGUAUUCGUUUUCGGAUAAAGACGCAAUCGAUAUUGUGCAACGUGAAUUAUGUGCCAAAGCGUAGGAUAUAAAGAGAACAAGUCGUCGGCGUGUCCACCGCGUCGACAGUUUAUAUCGAAGGGAUGAGAUUCGUUUCUCGAGGAUUGAAAGCAGCGCAAACGAGAUGGACUCGAGUCUCAGUGUCGAGAAAUCAUAUCCUUUCACUUGUUUAUUCUUGAUGAAAAGGAAGAAAGGAAAAACCAUAUAUGUAAAAAUAAAGGGUCUCAAAAUAGAGAAAGCGCUGAUGUCUUACUUGGUGCGACAAUUGGAAAAUGCUUAAAAUCAUCAAGAUUGCGAAUAUUUCAGUUCUAAAUAGUUGGACCUUCUUUGGCGCGCGUUACAAAAUUUUUUAAAUAACAAGCUGUCAGACUGUUUACACAUAUAUAUAGUAUUUGCAAAAACCAAAGAAAACAAAGGGAAAGAAAACGUGACGGUUGCAAAAUAAAAUUGAAUCGAUCAAGUUAGCAAUCAGUGUGAUCUGUGACUAUCAAACAGACUAUUAAGACAUAGCCGAGAUGAAUGAAUAAUUAAUCAACGGUCAGAUAACCAGUCAUGAUUGAAUCGUCAAUUAUCAGUCAGAUAAUUGCCAUGUUCGACUCUUCACGGCUGAUUCGACAAAUUAAUGAAUGAUUAAUUAUGCAGAUGAACGUAUUCGUAUUGUACCGAAACAGUCUUGCCGUUUUAUCGCUGCAAUCAAUCACUGUCCCACGCUAAUUAGUAUCAUCGAGAUUGAAUCCAUCAACCUUUCAUCGACUUCGAUCCUCGAUUUACACACGCUGAGGACCGAUCGCGCAAUUCUAAUUUCCGCGGCGGGAUCGAAACGCUCGGGCGAAUUUGUCCCAAACAAUUUAUAGAUUCUUUUUCGACGCGAGGAGAAUAAUUCGAUCGGGUCGAUCUCACGUGAAUGUUCUCUGAGAAAACGAAUGUAGCGCACGAUCGAUCUUCUGAAUCUGUUCGACGGUAAACGGACGGCCGACGUACGAGUUUUAGCCACGUAAGCUUGCCUUAACGUAAGAAUAAUCGUUCAUUACGAUAGUAAAACAAAAAGGUCAAGAGAGGAGAGAGAGAGAGAAAAGGGAGAAGCGUUUAACGUCCGAGACUCGUUCUUAGAUAUUUUCGUCAUGUAAGUCGCUCGCAUUAAUUAGUCUCCAGUCUAGUGUUAUUACUAGUAUCUGUACCACGAUUGCAAUGAUUAGGGGUAAGGGAUCGCUGUAAGAAAACGAUAACGUCGCUCAAAGUGCCGAAUAAAGCAGACACGAACGCGCA